CCCGCUCGGCGGGCCGCCGAAGCCGGACUCGCAGGUCGUCCAGAUGCUGCACGCGCCGGACCUUCCGUUGGGCGCGGGCGUCGUGAGCCCCCAGGUCGAAGUGCAGGAGUUAAAGCAGCGAAUGAACCUCGCGCGGGCGUUAGCACUAAAGAAAAUUCCCAAAGUGCAGGACGAUUCGGACGACCGGGCGAUGAACAGAGCCCGCGCAGCCAGUCUGCCGCCCCAGCCGCAUUAUCGCGCUGGUGACCACCAUAAUAACGAGCUCCAAGCGGCAGGAAAUAAAGACAAACACCACCGCGUCACUGGAGCAGCACACCCGCGGCAUUCGGGGCAGAGGAGGAGUCACCAGCAGCACCAUUCGCUGACGAAACUGCAGGGUGCAGGGGGUGGACGAGCUGCUGGUGCAGCAGGUCCGCCCAGGAACUACAGUGAGUCCCGCACGUCCAGUCCGCUCCAGGACCGGCUCGCGCAGAACGGCCUGGGCGUCGGUUCGCCGAAGCGGUCCAAAGACGACACAUUUCUCGGACUGCUGGAACCGGACGAGAUCCCGGGGGAAGAUGAAGAGAAAAUGUUCCACCCGUUAAUGGCCAGUCCGAAGCAGUGGGGCCGUAAGUACGUGCCGCGGUGGGCGUCCACGUACGACACGGUGGUUGCAGAGGGGGCGAACAGCGACGAGCUGGUCAAGUACACGGUAUCCACAACGACCGGGGAGUUGCUGUUCAAGCACAACGCGAAGCAGGCCAGCGCCACCCGGCCGCGGCGUUCAGUGGACGACAUUCAUCUGAGCGCGCCGCAGCUGCUGCACCCGCGGUCCGCCUGGUUCGGCACCCGCGCACACGGGCUCGCGCCCGGGAGGGUCGUUAGCAACCGGGUCGGCGUGAUGUUCAACAGUACUACGGCCCUGACGCCAGAGCAGCAACUGCAGCAGGCCAAGGAAGUAGAUCUAGAACAAGUGCCGGCGAUGAAAAAUUACGCGGUGGGCUCGGAUCUUGCCCUCGGGCCAGGCGAGCAGACGUUGCUGCAGCAGAUGCCCCCCGGCGCGAUGCGGGCGAAGGACCCGGCGCGGUAUCCGUUCACCCGCGGCGGUCCGGUGAACCUGGCCGAGGACGGGUUUGGGAUGUUGACGCGAAACAGCAGGAGCCACAGCCCAGUACAACAAGGUGCUCGUGUUGGGCAGCAUGGACAAGAACCCCACCGGAACAAGAAGCACCCGCACAGCAACCUGAUGCACCACGGAGGACAAUCAGGAGUACAACAACUUCACAGCAACGACGACAGUGAAAAUAACGACCCAGCGCGCGGCCGCAGAUCGAGUUUUCCAUCGGGCGUCCACCAAGACCGCUUCAAACGGUGGAAGCUGAACAAAUUCGCCGGGGCGCAGUCCCGGCUCCACGUCGUGCCGAAGCACCGCGCGUCUACGCCCGACCGGAAGUCGGUGGGGCUUCUUCUCGGCGAAGAGGAGGACAACUCGGAGGUUGUACCUGUGAUGCAGGGCCCCCGCGCCAGCACCGGCGCCGCAGCAGGAGCUGGGAAAAUAAAUUUCGAAGACGGGGGGAACAAGGAACUAGUACCGCAACAAGCCGGCGCAGUAGUUGACCUGACGUCCCUCGCCCUGCAGGUCAACGACCAGGUCGUGGCACAGCGAAACUUAUCUCGAAGGAAAUCCGCCCCAGGAGGAGCAAAAGGACGAACAACUAAAGGCCGUGCACGGUCCCGCGGCGGAGCGGCUGGCGUUCUUGCGGCGUCGCGGAGGAAGGCGUCGAAGGAGAAGAACGAGGUAGCCCUUGCGUCGUCUAGUCCGAACAGUAGAAGUGGCUCGCUGGACAGCAAGAAGAAAAAUUAUGCGGUGACUGAGGAACAAGACAAUGUGGUGUCUUACGAAAGUAGAACGGCCGGUGGAGUUCAAAUUCAGGAACCUGCUGGUGCGAAGAUGUUGUCAAAUUCGUCGAGCAAGGACGUCGGCGCGACCCGGUACACGGAAAUGAACCGGCAGCUGGUGGACAAGCUGCUCACGGUGUUGGACAACGAGCUGCUCGACGCCGAUAGAGACUCCCAGACGGGCACAGCUGCGCAGUUCCGCUGCGACGACGCGCCCAGAGAACUACAGGCACGACCUUCACCUGUGAAUUAUACUGCAACUGCAAACGGUGGAAACGCAAAGAGGAACAGUAAACAAUCUACGUCGAAAAGGAAUUUUCACAGCCGGGCGCAGAAGCUGGUCCCGGCUUUGGACAUGCAGCAGGUGCCGAGCGCCUUGGAGGAUGAGGAUGAGACCGAAAAUUUAGACGAAAUGGCAGCUGGGGAAGAUGAGCAACAACCUAUUGACCAACUGAGCAAAACCGGAGGUGGCACAAAUUCUGCUACAAUCCUCGGACCACAGCAGUCACCAGCCGUCGGACAGUUGCGGUUCCAGGCCAAGCCGCUGAUCGCGCCGCAGCUGUUCGUUGGCAUCCCGGUGGACACCAGUCAGCAGGAACCCGUCGUGCUGGCGAACGGCUCGCCGUUGCGACAGUUACCAACAGCUACUAGUUGUACAACAACGCCGGCGGGCAUGAUACUGUCAACAUCUUCACCCCUCGUUCAUCCCGCCUCGGUCGUUGUGCCGGCACUACAAAUGCAGCCGGUGAGCACCACCACCACCACGAUGCUGCCGGGAGGUGGAACGUUGACGACGAUGGCGAGUGGAGCAGGUAUAAGCAGAAUAAAUGGCGCUAUUGCUCCUGCUCCUGGCCCGACGCCGGUGACGGUGAAUAGCAGCAACAUGCUGACGAGGCUGGCGCCGCCGCGAAUCGUCGAGUACAACCACUAGAAGACGAUAAAACCCCUGGAUGAAAAACAAAAAGUUCAUAGCUAAAGCGGCGAUCGCGAUGCUGCUCCUAUCUCGGUAGCUUUUUAUCUUCAUAGGUUUGACGAGUACAGUACUAAAUACUUGUUUCAUGAUCAUGUUUUAUUAGAAGUUUCUGUUUGUUGUAGCAAAAUUUAGAUUUACGUUUACCCGACUCCCCCCGAUAGGUCCAGAUAUUGCAAGUGAAGUGCGUGUAGUAUUCGGACUUGUAGUUUUGCACUUGCUCUCACCCCAGGGAUCUUUUCUCAGCAUCCCGAUAUAGUUUUGCUGUCCCCGAAGUGCUUCAUGAUCCCAGGUUGAUCAACUUCCAUAGAAAGUUUUUUCUUCCAGACUCAGUCGAUAAGGUUUAAGCAUUCUGAUUUGCCGUCAUCUCAUCAUGUUUUCUGAAGUUGUAAGAACGUGUAGCUACAAGUACGAGGCAGUUCUUUGUUUCGCUUUCAUUUUGGAGGUUGUGCUUUUCUUGCAUGACGGGCCGUGUCGUCCUUGACUUGAAAAAUUUUGGUGCUUUGGCGUGACCUUAAAAAUAAAGGAGUGACAACCCGAAGAAGAAAUCAUAUACCAGUGCCAUAUUCAUACACCAUGCACAGCGCCAUUUGCAUUUUCUAGUCGACGCAUGCCAAUGCCGCCAAACAGUAAGCACAGGACGAGCAUAACACCAAGAUAGCCAUGCUGUAUCGUAAAGUUUCAGUUCUUCUGUUUCAGUAAAUUUG